CCGGCCUAAAGCCCUCAAACUGCCGCAACCCAGAGAAAAACGAACCCGUCUACCCACGGUGUCCGGCUCGCACCGUAAAGCCGCCCCAAAACCCCCUUCCCCAAGCAUCGCCGGCUCGCCGCCAUCGCCGCCAUGGCACGGCGGCUGCUCCGCCUCCGCGCCCACGCCGCCGGCUUGUCCCAGCGCCUCGCCCCCCGCCUCCUCCCCUCGCGCCCGUACAUCUCCGACAUGCGCCGCUCCGCCUUCUCCGACCGCCUCCUCCGCUCCCUCCGCUCCGAGAUCUCCUCCCGCCGCGCGCCCUCGCCCCCGCCCUCCGCGGCGCCCUUCGCCGUCGACGACCGCCCGGGCGAGCAGUGGAUCCGGCUGCGCCGCGCGUUCGGUGGUGAUGAUGAUGAUGAGAAGGAGGAGGUCAGGGUGGACGCCACCAUGGUGGACGGCGCCACGGCGCCCACACGCUCCGGGGAGGUCGCGGGUGCGGGGCCCGACGACGCCGCCGGCCCGCAGCUCAGGAUGCACAUCAGCGUCAACGUCGAGGUCACCAAGGCCGCGCGGCGUGACCUGGCGCUCACCUUCGAGUGCUCGGCGUGGCCCGAUGAAAUGGAGGUGGAGAGGGUCUACCCCGUCCGCCGCGGCGGGCCGGCGGCGGCGCAGCAGUACAUGGGCCGCCAGUUCAGUGAGUUGGAUGACGAGAUGCAAAGCACGGUACAUGAUUACUUGGAGCAUCGAGGGGUGAACGAUGAGCUUGCCGCAUUCCUGCACUCAUACAUGGAAAACAAGGAGCAGACAGAACUGGUCCGGUGGUUUAAGAAUGUGGAGUGCUUCAUAAAAAAGUAGGCGAUAUCUUCUAGACACUUAUGAGACAACAUUAGUUGAUCUUGCUUUGCAACAAUUACAACCAGUGAUCAUUUUGGCACCAAAUGUUCCCAAUGCCACAAGUAUUUGUUGUUAUUAUUGUUGUGCUAGAUACACGAAGGUUGUAGUUGUACACUCCCAGUUCAGGACGAAUUGGUUCACUAGUUUAUCAAAUGGUUUAUACUCUACUGUGCUUCUCAUCUUGAAUAUGGUAUACUGUGACAGUUCAUGUUAGGCCCAUUAAACAUUAUGCCUGGAUUCCUUUUCAUUGUUAAUAAGUAAUAUUUCCAGAUCGUCACCGUUAA